CUAAUGCUUCUCCAGCCGCGCGACAGUUCCGGAGAGUGAGAACGUUUGCGACUGCAAGAGAGUUUUGGAAAACGAAGCCGCUGGUUGGAAGUGCACGCACCAAGUGCGCGCCUGUUGGUAUCCUAAGCGAGUAAAAACGUCCCCACCCCAGAUUUGCAAUUACAGCAGGAGCGUUUGAUGCAAUGCGCACCCCCACGAGACGAGAGGUGUCUGGAGUCGUGUUUGCUAGUUUGUAAUGUUGUAAACAGGAGAUGGCUUUGCGAUGUGACUGCGUGGGCUCGCUAACCUAGACUAAGGCUGCAAUGUAAUUAAGGACUAUACGCCAGGGCUGCGCGACCUCCUUUUAGAGGCAAAGCUUCUAGAUUUGCAUUACAAAGCUCCGAGCUUGACUAUGGGACGGGGACGCUUUGCAUAGGAUAGUUGGAAACUUCCCCACCGCAACCUGAACGCAGCGGGAGGUGAACGGGCUGAAGCCUGACGCACUGGGUGGUGAGCGUCCAAGAAGCGGGCGUUGUGGUGGUGCGAGGAAGGGCGUGUAUUCUGCAUCAGAGCUAUGUAUUGCGCUCCUUAUCACAGAAAGCUUCUAAUUCCAAACCUUCGAAAAAAUACAAAUCUCAGGUAUGAUAAUCUAUCCGGGCCUGCAGUCAGUUGCAGGAGCGGCGACAUGAUUCAGCAGACCAACAAACCAUCAGUGGCGGAGCGUGCGUGGGCGCACGACAAUCCAUCGGCUCGAUACUGCAGCACGAGCCUGAUUCCAUUAGUCUGAUUCCACUCGUAAAGCUGAUUCCAGCAGGCGGAUUCCAUGUUUUAGUCUGAUUCCAUCAGCCUGAUUCCAAAAAUAAGUCUGAUCCCGUAAAUGCUUAAGUCUGAUACCAUCGACGACCGUAAUGAUCGAUCCAUCGUUUCAGGAGCGAUAAAUUGCUGAUUGCUCCUCCCGCAUAGCCGAGCUACGUGCGCCUGCUUUUGCGCUGCGGUUUGUGCCCAC